UUAAAGGCCAUGAAAAAACUUUUUACAUAAGUGGGUCAAGAACUUAUGAACGGUGUUGCUUAAAGUCAAAUUUCAAUAAAUUUGAAGAUUUUAUUAUCUGCAAUACAUGAUAACGUUUAAAAGAUUCAGAAAAUUCAGAGUUCAGUUCUUGUGAUCUUUGGGACCAGAAACCACACUCAGCCUUCGCUGGUGCACAAAAGCUUGUUCUGACACAGAGAACUGGAAAACUGUUCUGACGUUAAUGAUGCUGCACUGCUAACUUCCAUAGACUUCCAUAGACACUAACACUAACCGGACACUUUAUUAGGUACACCCUACUAUGUGAAAGAUAGAAGACAAGCACGCAAUUUAGGAAAAAUGCUGCCAAUUUUAAAUUUGAAAAAUAGCAAAGCAAAAGCUCCAAGCUUAAUUUUAAAGUUUUUCCAAAUAAACGCAUCCACUUUAUUAUGCCCGCUAACGUAUUAUAGAAAAAGGAAAUGAGAUGUAAAUAAUGACAUUUUGUCCUGUGAGUUAAAAUACUUGUUUGUUCCUUUCAGUAAAAGCCUGGUGCAAAAUAUAGUUUAAGUGAUACAGUGUAAGUUCAGUCAGUGAAACUGCAGCAGGAGCUUCUCAGUGUUUGUUCUGCUGUGUCGAGUUAAAAAUAAAAAACAAGGAACAGCUGAAAUCAUUUUCUACAUUUUGCCACCAGGUGUCUGCCUCUCUCGUUUUACACAACUUAAAAUUAGGAACGUUUGCACCAAGACCCCCCAUCCUGUUUAGAAUAACUUCCACACACACACAAACACGCCAUAAUCACCUCCCUCCCACCUUCAAAGGUGACUGAGUUGGUGUGUGAAGGCAGCUGAAAUUUAGUCUAUGAGGAGCUUCGCCUGACUUCAUCAUGGGUUUUUCUCUCUACCUCCUGACUCUGCAUCUUCUCCUUUCCCGCUGCACAGCUAACUGGUGUUAUCAAAACCAGAAUGCCUGUGAUGAACCAUGCAGAGACCCCAACCACUGGGCUACUCAAUUCCCUAAAUGUGGAGGGUUACGCCAGUCACCGAUUAACAUUGUGACCAGCAAAGUCCACAUCGACAUCGCCCUGUCACCUUUCAACUUCAUUGGCCACACCGACACAAUCAACAUGACAGUGGAAAACAAAGGGCACUCUGCCCACUUUGCUUUGCCGCCGUCUGUUCGAUUCAUUGGGGGAGCUCUGCCAGGUCACUACAGAGCCGCCCAAUUUCACCUCCACUGGGGAGGGAAUGGGAGACCAGGAUCAGAGCACACCAUUGACGGAGAGAGAUUCCCCAUGGAGAUGCACAUAGUCCACAUUAAGGAGCCGUACAGCUCUCUGGCAGAGGCCGAACAUGACACAGCAGGUAUAGCUCUGCUCGCCUUCCUGUUUGAGGAAACAGCGGACGAUCAUCCUCAUUUGGACACAGUAAUAGAUGCGCUGGGCCGAGUACAAAACAACGGCAGCAUCACAGUGAUCCCAAACUUUAGACUCAGUGACAUUAUCCCAGCUGCAAAGGACCUACAAGGUUACUACCGCUACGUGGGCUCCAUGACAACGCCGGGAUGUGAGCAGGCAGUUGCCUGGACAGUGUUUCACAGGAAGCUGGCCAUCAGUAGUCGACAGCUGGAUGCGAUAGUUAAGCAGUGUCGCUUUUGGACAGGGCAGCCCAUGACUGACAUUUUCAGACCUACGCAGCCGCUGGAUGGCAGGAUUGUGUACUCCUCAAAGUCGGGUACAGCUCAGACAACUGCGACACAUUUUUGGUGUCUGUUUUUAUCAUUUGUGACUGUUACGCUGGGUCUGGCACACUGAACGAGCGGCAAGAAAUGGGCAUAGUCUUCAAGUCUGAACAGUGAAACCAACGCACAAAGUCUUAAAUCUGCAUUUUUUCUAAUGGCCAGCAGGGAGUGAGUUCUCAAAGUCUGAUUGUAUAUAUAGUUCUGUGAAAAAGUAUUUGCCCCCUCCCCCCUUUAUAACCCUUUCCUUGGGUUAUAACUUCAGUAAACAUUUUCUUGAUGAAUCUUAGUCACAUGAUAAAGCAUGAUGUAUCGUUAGUAAGUAAUGGUCCCUUUUUUAGUUAAACAGAAGAUAAGUACAUAGAGCUAGAUACACACAGCUCAGCCUUCCUCUGUAGAUCAGAGGGUAUGCAAAAAUUAGAGAUGCAAAGAAAUUGUUUUUUAAAAAUGCCACUGCUUCCUUUAGAGGAACUGGUCUCAGUCUCCAAACUAAUUCGGUAGUGGUGUGAAAAUGAUCCAGGCAAGUUUUGACUAAAAUGUGAGUGCACUCUGCUCCUGUAGCCUGAUGUCCCAGCUAUGGUGGAGCAUGCAAAGAGUGGCAGCUUCCACAGUAAUACUAGUUAAAACAGCUAGCUGGGCGUGUUUCAUAAAUGCAAACAUAUAUGUGCUAUUUAAGAAGACCUUCUUCCUAUAUUUACUUUCUUCCUCCCCACCUUAGACAUAUCUGAGCUACAUGAACGUUUUCUGGUGAUUUGAAGGGAUGCAUGGUGAUUCUUUGGGAUUUUUCUCUUUGUGGAAAGAAACUGAAACAAAGAAAAACAAACCAAUCAACUGAUUCAGACCAAAUUAAAACUUUGAAACCAUAAAACAGCACCAUCUUCAUCUCAAACAGAAAUUUGUAUGAUGAUCAAAUUUAAUUAGGACAUUCAAUUAAGUUCAGUUUUAUUUAUAUGGCGACAAAUCACAACAACAUCACAGCAGUUGCCUCAAGGCGCUUAUAUAAAGAUGUCACACUGGCAGCGUUAUUCUUUCUUUAACUUUGCCAUCUUAAGCAUGUAAGCAUGCUGACUUCAGCUGAAGUCACCCAGCCGCUAACAUGGCAGUAGAUUUGAAUUUGAAAGUAUUACUAACUGUAAUUAUGUCAGUAUUUCUGACCUAGGAAACAGAAAUCCAACAUAGUAUGUGUGUGAGCUUUAGUAACCUGCAGCACUUAGGGCUUUAGAGACCUUUUUUUUCAUGGGGGGAGGUCAGUUUUUAAUAUUCAUGUUUUAAUGCUUUAUAUUAACACUUAUUUUCUCCUAGAUAUUUUUGUGGACAAAAGUAAUAAACAGAUAUAUAGAAUUAGAGGUUUAACAUAUUUUUCAAAACAUGAGAGACUCUUAAAAUAUUAACCUUUAUUCUACUAUUUUUGUUAUUGCUUUUCAUGUAUAUAUAUUUGUAUCUUUGUUGUUUAGAGAGUUUAACAAAGUAUUUGGUAAUUAAGGCAUCUCAUAAAUGUACCCAUUUUAAUUAAGAUCUAAACUCCAGCAAUCCUCCAGCAAUCCAACGAGCAGGGAUAGCUCAGUAGGUUGAGUGGACGCCCCAUGAUCGGAAGGUCGGGGGUUUGAAUCCACUGAACGGCUACCCUGAGGUACCACUAAGCAAGGUACUGUCCCUACAAACUGCUCCCUGGUGCGCCUGCUUAGUGGCUUCACUGAGUGAAUGGGUCAAAUGCAGAGAGAGUAAUUUCCCCACGGGGAUCAAUAAAGUAUACAUUAUUAUUAUUAAUCCUCUGCCAGAGUAAUAAUUUGUUCUUGACUUCUUAUGAUGUGCAAAAUCCACAUCUGUAUAUGAUGAACAGUCAUGAAAAACAUGCUGGGUGAAAAUAUAAAGCCAAAACUUCACAGUCAGUAAACUAACAGCUGACGUCAGUGGAUUUAUCUGAACCCUUAAGGUACUGUGAGUGAGACUGAUUUUACCAAUUUGGAUUUCUACUGAUUCAAUUAGAUCAGUUUAAAAUUAAUGAAACUGACUGUUUUAAGCACCAUGGGAAUAAAUCUGCCUUGCAGUUCAUUCUGCCCUGGUCAAUUGUGUUUAUCAUAGCUGACUGUUAGUAACUUUGUUCCUAUACAACAGGAAACCAUGCUUGCAUUACAUGACUUCACUGGUUAACGGCCACACUGGAGCAUUUAAAUAAACAGGAUUUGAUUGGCUGACAGCUGCACUGGCACUUCAGAGUUUCUCUCAAUUGUCAGCGCAGGUGUGAAUCCUGCCUAAACCUGCCAUAAAGUAAUGUUGGAUCCACUUAUGUGACAUAAAUAAAUACACGUUCUUGUCUGUGCA